AUGCGAGAAGGCCAGACUCGACCUCGCGAAUACUACUACAUUCCGCUGUAUCCGGUCAUCGAUGCGAUCAAGUAUCGGGUGUCUCGCCUGACUUCGUCUAUCAAAGCGCAAUAUACGCCCAACCAGGAGAGGAAGGAGUUCAUCUGCCAGCGAUGUUCGGCCGAAUGGACCCAGCUGGAGGUGCUCAGCAACGUGGGACCGGAAGGGUUCGAGUGUCUGCGGUGCAACGCUACCUUAUCGACGGUUGAUGAAGUCGAGGGAGCUGCUGCUGACCGGAGCGGCCACGAAAAGAACAGCAAGCUUAUGGCGCAGUUGGAUUCCAUCCUGAAACUCCUGAUCCAAAUCGACUCUACCGAAAUCCCUCCCAACGAUUUUGACACUGCGUGGGAACACAAGGUAGACGUGAUACGGAACCAACACACGAACCCGACGAAGGUUGCGAUCGCGGUCAACAAAAAGGGCUCGUCGACUGUCAAAGGAGUCAACAAGACAGAUGCAUCGGCGUUGGAAGUCAGUCUUUCUUCGUCUGCAGAGAAGAACGCGGAAGAACAGGCACAGAAGGAAGCACGAAAGGCUGCACUGGAGAAACAGAACGCACUUCCGGUCUGGCAUACUCAUUCCACCGUCUCCACCGAAGCAAGCAACCUGCCCACCGUCAAGGUUGAGCCGAACGGUACUGCCCCCACAACCGCAACCGCAACUGCAACCUCUGAUGCCGCUGCUGAAGACAGCAAAGUUGGCAUUAAAGAUGAAGAGGAAGAAGAGAAGAAGGACAUGGACGAUACUAUUGCUACUUACUACGCCGAAAUGGCGCGGGAGAAGGAGCUGGAGGCCGCGGAGUCCUCUGACGAUGAUGACGAAGACGAGGAGGAAUUUGAAGACGUCAGUGCCACUCCCGAUGCAGGUGCUCAGUCGGACUCCGCCACAGUCACGGCCAACGGGACCCCCACGGUCAACGGAAGCGGAACCGGCAGUGCGAAUGGUACCACCACUGCCGCCAGCGGCAGCAGCCUGAAGAGAGAGCUGGACUCUGAAUCUGGCACUAGCGGACCCAACACGAAUGCGGGGACGCCUAUCACGCCCGCAGAGGAGGAUGGGCCGGCGGCUAAGAAGGUUAAGCUGGAGACGGAGACGGAGACGGAGCCGGUGGUCAAGAAGGAGGAAGAUGCCGGCUCUGACGAGGACGAAGAGGAGUUUGAGGACGUUUAG